AGAUUAUCGCUGUAACGGAGGAUCGGGGCUUGGUCUUGAAGUUUUCAGAUGCAUCUGUAGAUGAAUCAUAACAGCAUCAAGAUGUCGGGACGAUCAGGCCGCGCCGAGACCCGAAGUCGGGCCAAAGAUGACAUUAAAAAGGUUCUGGCGGCCAUCGAGAAAGUCCGCAAAUGGGAGAAGAAAUGGGUGACAGUUGGAGACACAUCCUUACGUAUAUUCAAGUGGGUGCCAGUAACAGAAACAAAGCAGAUAUAUCGCACCAAAUCUACAGGUGGAGAGGUUAGAGGACUAAAAGAUGUGGUCCUGGAAAACACAAACUCUUUACUGGAUUUCACUGAUGAAAACAGCAACCAGAGCUUUCUGUCAGACGUUUACCAGCCUAAAAUGGACAACAGCAGCAGCACCUCCAGCUCGCAGCAGGUCAGCCCUCCACAUACCUCCAGCCUCCGCACUGAAGACUCCCAGCCACCGAUGCUGGGCCAGGAGAGUGUGGAUGAACCGGUUCAUUCAGGACAGGAGGGGGCUGAUGAGCCUCCUACUCUCAUCAAGGAGGACCUCCUUUCAUCAGGAGCUGUCAGACGGAGCACCCCGGACACACAGGAGGAACUAGAUGAAUCGGGGGCGCCGCCUUUAAAGAAGAUUUGCACAGGAGAGAAUGCGGUUCUGAGAUAGCUUAUUUAUGAUCAUUUUGUCAAAAUGCACACGGAUACCUGUCUUCAGUUGUUGUCAGAUUAGCUAAGCAUUCAAAAUUAUUCUAUGGUUCUCUUGACAUAUGUAUGCAAAUAUUACUCAUUACAUUUCAGCAAAUGACAAAAAAAGUAUUUCCUGCAGAGUCUUUGUUCACUUUGAAAGUCUUUAAAGUCUUGCUGUUUUAAGCGAUUUCUGAAAUGAAUGGAGGCGAUUAUCCAAACAUUGUCUGGCAAAUCACAUGCUAUAAAUGUCUAGUUUUCUGGCAACUAACUAAAGUUUCUUAUUUACUCUUUAUGCAGUUGAGCUUUAUUUUUGCAUGUUUCCAUAUCCUAUUGCUUUAUUUUCAAGGUUUACAGGCCAUUUUGAAAAGAUGUUAAACGUGUAGCUUUAUGCAGAUUGAUGUGUAGAUGUGCCAUUAUUAUAUUAAACAUUAUGCCCUUUCUAAAGCAGAUCUUCUUUUGGCUUAUCACAUGCAAGGAUGAAUUCUUUUAAAAAAUAUUUAUAAUAUGAUUUGCCCAUGUUUAUAACUGAAGCCAUUUUGUAAACCAUAAUAAAUGCUACUUUCCAUGUCAAGUCA